AUUUGUAUUUCAACCGUCGUUUUCUGUUGGCGCCCUCAUUUCUGAUCGAUCUCUCACUUUGUUGCUCUCGGUCGAUUAUUUGUACGGUUUCGCGGCUUCCGCGCGGAGCAAAAGGGAGCGAUACAUUACACACACUUUUGAAUAGACCCACAAAGUCCCCCGUGUGCUCCUCACUGUGUCUGUCAGUUCGGUUAAGCACAGACAACGGCAACUGUCAGUUUCCUUUUUUUAAGCCAUUAUUCUGAUUUGCUAAUGUUGCUAUGGCACAACUUGCUAUCUGUGUUAAAUGCACUUGUGUAUACUGUAGAAAACAUGGAAGAAUAUGAGAAUGGUUUGCUGGAUGACAGUUCGAUCAUCAAUACAACAAUCAACGGUGACUCCAGAGUUCAUCAACACAACGAGGGACCUGACGAUAACUCAAUUGUGUCGGCUGUUGACUAUGGAAAUGCAAGUUCUUGUCCAAAAGCUGCCAAGUAUGGAACAGGGCCUCCAGAAUCAUGCACUCAACCAACUGACCCAAACAAUAUGCCUGCUUCUGAAUUAGAAUCCUGGUUCACGAGAGAAAUGUUUGAAGACCUAUUCCCAUUUGCCAAUCUUGGAUGGGGUCCUUCGAGUUGCUGGCCAUAUUCCUACGAUGCUUUCAAAAUUGCAUCCAGAUAUUUUCCAGAAUUUGGAACUUCGAUCAAUGUGAAUAAUACGGUGUAUACUGCGGAUGAGAAUAAGAAAAGAGACUUGGCGGCUUUCUUUGCCCACGCUGUUCAAGAAACUGGAGAGAACAACAUUGCUCUAUAUGACACACUUUCCGAUCAAGAUGCUUCAAACUGUUUCUACCGUGGAGGAUUUUAUAACUGGUUUGAAGGAGGACCAACAAGUAGCUUUUUGGAUCCUAAAACUCCUGGUUAUACUCCAGCCGACGGAAAUUCAUGUGCAUCUGCUGGUCUUUAUUGUUCUGCUUCUGAUCAAAUAACUUAUUUCUAUCCAUGCUCAAAUUCAACAAUUUCAAAUACUGCUGCUCCAUAUAAAGGAUGUUAUUUUGGACGUGGAGCCAUACAAAUUUCGUACAACUACAACUACGGACAAUUCCAAGAUUGGUUGAGAACUGUAAAUAUUAAAGUUGAUUUAUUAAAAGAACCAAAUCUUGUAAUGACUAAAAUGGAUCCACCACUUGCCGUUCUGGCUUCUCUUUGGUUUUAUAUGACACCUCAACCACCCAAACCUGCAAUGCAUGAUAUUGUAAUGGGAAACUGGAAUAGUGGAGCAAAGAAUGCAGCAGCUGGAUAUGAUGGACCGAUCUUUGGGCCAACUUCAUUGAUAAUCAACAAUGAAUGUUCUGGAGAAGAUCCAACAAAUCCAGGAGGUCCAGGAGAAUCUAGAAGAAUCAAGGCAUUCAAAUGGUUUUGUGGUUACUUUGACACUCCAACAGGACCGGAGGCGACCCUCUCUUGUAAAAACAUGCCUGUACCACUGGAUCAAAUUUUCUAUAAUCUGAGUUAUCAGCCUGAUUGGACAUCCACCUGGAAAGAUGUUCCAUGCACUUGUGCACCAGCCAGUUAUGGAGGUCUCAUUUUCUAUUAUGAUCCUGACUACUAUCCAUCUAGUUUUGCUGCUCAAAACGACUACAACCGUAUUAAGUGUAUUGCGAGUAUCUAUGCGAACCCAUCCAUGUAUUCUAUGGAUAACAAGACUUCUCCAUGCUUAAAUUAUUAACUCCAUUUUGAUUUAUUCAGUUUCUUGAGAUCAUAUCUGUUUCUAUACAUUCCAGAUUCAACUUGUAGUAUUAUAUACUUCUUGCGUAUAUGUAUUUAUGUAUGGCUAAUGAAAAAUGCAUUCUUCAUUGGAUUACACAAUUAUUUUUAAAGUGGGCUCAAACGUACACUUGACCUGUAAAUAAAUACUCCAAAAAUGUAA